UCAGUCGGUUGCCUCGCCAUCACGUACACAGACCUUCAAUUGGAUGAAACAGACAGUCACAGAUAAUUACAAGGUUCGUUGAAAAACGAAAACAUGAGUUCAAUUUGGUGCUUGUUUUUCACGCACAAAGUCCACCGAUUUAGUUCAAGAAGAUCUUACAACUUUGAGACAAAGCCUAAGAAAAGAAGAUUUAGCUUCUGGAAGUCAAAGAAAGCCAGUUCGUUCGGAGGAACGCCUUUUAUCACACAGCCGAUGAGUUACGUAGAAAUUCUGUCUCGUAUGGAGGCCUCAUCUCUCGAGGACAUUCUUUCAACCCCAAGCCCCGAGACGAACUCUCCUGCCGAGGAUGACAAGGAGGGGACUAGUUCUUCGUCACAAGGCGCUUUCACGUUCCCGGGAAGUGCGGACGAAAACGACAAUGAGGCCAUUCAGAAGCAAGCAAGCGAAACAGAAGACGAAUCUUCACGUCGCGCAGAACUAGAGGCCCUUGAGGCAUGUUACUGGCUAAAAGCAGCUGGAUUUCCACAAUAUGCACAGGCUUAUGAAGAUGGAAAGUUUCCCAUUGACACAGCAUCUGUCAUUAAAGAACAUCACUUCCUGGAUCAAGAUUCUAUUCAAUCUUUGUACAGGCGUCUUCAAACACUCAAUCGAUGUGCAAAAAUGAACCUCCACAUCAAGAAUGAUGGAGGUUACGAUUCUGAUGAAGAAGACUUGAUUGCAUUAAGUUCACGCUGGAAACUACAAAAUAAGAAUCGACGGUGGUCAAGUCGAAGAAAUGGUUCCCCUUCACUCAGCAAGGGAAAGGGUCCAGCUGGCUUAAGUAGCUCACAUAAUGGAAUAAACUCAUCUUUGAACAGUGUAUCAAACACAAGGCAAAGGUCAUUUCACAAGAAAGGCAAACUUGCUCCUGAGCAUUUGUCACCCAUAACACACUUGGAUUUAUGUAUAGCACAAGGAAGGAAAAGUGUAUAUGACAAUCUGUCUUCAACAUUAAGUGCCAGUACACCAUCAAUAUCAAAUGUUGGUAAAGACCUCAACAGGAAUGAUCAACUAAGAAACUCAGGCAGAACUCAAAAAAGAAUCCUUACUAGUAGUGAUUUGGGACUUGAAUCUUACAGUGCAUCAUCAAAUGAGGACCUUUCAGACUUUGAACGUGAUGAUGAAAUUGACGACUUGCCUGGGGAUUUGACAAUGUUAAAAUCAAUACGAAAUUCAGAGAGAAAAUGUAACAAUGAUGUGGCUCCAUCGUCAACAGCAACAAGGCCUAAAGUACGAUGGCAUAGCUUUGAAAAGACUUCAAGACCUGAAAUACGUGUCAUGUCUCCAAAGAUCUGUGACCUUACAGCAGGACAGCUAGCCGUUCUUAGAAAAUACUCACUUUUGAAACUAACAGCACUAAUGGAAAGACAUACUCACUCACACAGAGGAAUGUGGAAUUGGUCAUUUCCCCAUUUCUUAAAGAAGCUCAAGUCACCAGAUUAUAGAGACAGGAAUGUGUUUGGCGUUCCCCUCUCAGUUGUACUUCAGCGCUCUGGUCAACCUCUUCCACAAUCUAUUCUCUUUGCAAUCAACUAUCUACAAAGAUCAGCUGUGGAUGCUGUUGGCAUAUUCAGAAAAUCAGGUGGUAAACAGAGAAUAAAUCACCUGAAGGAAAUGAUUGAAGGAGAUCCAGAUAAUACUGACUUUGAGGGCUUGUCACCAUAUGACAUGGCAGACAUGUUGAAGCAGUAUUUUAGAGAACUUCCAGAACCUAUCUUGACAUCUAAACUGGCUGAAACAUUCAUAACAAUUUUCUCAAGCAUUCCCCCUGAAUCAAGAAUGGAAGCAAUGCAGGCUGCCAUUCUCCUCAUGCCUGACCCAAACAGAGAAGCACUCCAGACAUUAUUGUUGUUCCUAAAUGAGGUGGCUGCCAAUUCUGAAACAAAUCAAAUGAAUGAGAAGAAUCUUGGAGUAUGCUUUGCUCCUUCUCUGUUCCACUUGUGCGGUACAAAGGAAGAUCCGUCUUCUCCAAAGCGACAGAAGCGAACACCUAUGAACAAGGCUUCAAAGGAACUCACUGAUAAUCUGGCCGCCCAUGAGUGUUUAGCUAAGAUGAUUACAGAAGUGGAUAAGCUCUUCUCGAUUCCCGAAGACACGGUGAAGAACAGUCGGUUUUCGUAUAUCGAGCAAGGCGAACCUGUUUCUCUAGAAAAACUUGGAAAGAGUAAAUCCAGUCCUGAAAGUGAUUAUCAGACGUACAUCGAAUCUUGUAUCGCUGGAUUACUUAAGGAAGCAAAAGACAAAUUUAAGGGGUGGGUGUCUCACCCGUGGUACGACAGCUCAGUAGAGAUCUCUUACAAGAAAGUGAAAGAUGGUUACCCUCUCCGAUUGUGGAGAUGCGUUGUGGAAGUCAAUGCCAAGCCAGAGGAUAUCAUAAGAAGAAUUCUCUACGAAAGGCAUCUCUGGGACGAAGACUUGGAAACUUGGGAUAUGGUGGAGAAAAUUGACGAUCACACAGAUGUGUUCUUUUACACCACCAAGUCUAUGAUCCUUCAACCAAAACGACAACACGUAGUGCUAAGGGCAUGGACGGACCUCGAUAAGGGUGUUUGUGCACUGGUCUCCACAUCUAUCAAUCAUCCACGGGCCCCUCCUAGCAAUGGAGUACCUUCAAUUGUAUUGGCGUCAAGAUAUCUAGUGGAGCCUCUAGAGAAUGGCAAAUCACGACUAACUUACAUAAGCCGAGUAGACCAGAGGGGUAGAACUCCAGAGUACUACAGCAAAGCCAUCGGACCAUUUUUAGCUUCGUUAGUGGCCAAAGUACGGAACACUUUCCAAUACGGAUCAGAGGGCCCGGAAACCAAAGUAUAGCAAACCUCGUGUCUACGUACCAAAGUACUAAAGGAACGAAGAGUGCCAUUGCCAUAGAU